UCUGGUUGAAAAGCUUAUGGCAUAUAGUAUAGAGCCACUGUGCACAUGAGAGUACUUGCUAAGACAAAAUGGAUAAAUGCUUUGGUCUUGCACUCACCUUUAAAUUCAUCCUCUGUUAGCCUGAGUCUGAGGCUCAUGGCGAGGGCUCCCUCGCCCAUAGCUAAGAAGACAGCUGCUAAUAAUGAAUUCAAGGGUGCUCUCGGUAUGAUAAAGCUGUAUGCAAUGCAGGCAACGAGGAUUAGGACACAGAAUGCUAUGAAUUUGUCAAUAAGAAUUAUUCUCGGGUUCUUCUCUUUGUUGUAUUCAUCUCUUACUUUGGUAAUGAUCUCUUUGAUCUCUUUAAAGGUCUCCAUUAUAUCCAAAUUGAUUAGGGUAAUUAUUAAUUUAAAGUUUUAA